AUGGUGCAGCUCGGGGGCGACCGCCGAGCUCCUCCGGCCCCGGCCGCGCCGCCGGCCUUCAGCAUCGACAGCAUCCUGCAGCGCGGCCCCCGCCGCCCGGCCAGGGAGCAGGGCAGAGCCCACUGCGCGCUGCCGGAGGAAGAGGAGGAGGAAGAGGAGGGAGAGGGGCCUGAGCAAGACCCCAAUAAAGGCUCCAGCGACUCGGGCAGCGAGCCCCGCCGGCUCCGGUCAGAAGGGACGAGCCGCGGCCUCCGCCCCGAGGGCGGCGAUGCGGGGUCCCCGCUCCCCACGGAGGAGCUACGCGGUCCCCGGCAGCCGCCGCCGCGAGAGGCCGGGGUCUGCGGCGCGGAGAAUGGCAGAUCACCGGCGGCGGGCGGCAGGAAGAAGACACGGACCAUCUUCUCCAAGAGCCAGGUGUUCCAGUUGGAGUCCACCUUCGAUGUGAAACGCUAUCUGAGUAGCUCCGAGAGGGCCGGACUGGCCGCCGCGCUGCACCUCACCGAGACCCAGGUGAAGAUCUGGUUCCAGAACCGCCGCAACAAGCUCAAGAGACAAAUGUCAUCCGAGCCCGAGGGCCAGGGGCCGGGGCCGGCCGAGCCCCUCGGGGAGCUGCAGCCCCCCACUGCCGCCUCGGCUCUCUCCUUCCCGGCCCUCUACAAGGACAGCCCCCUGCUCAGUCGCUGCCUGCUGCCGCUGCCUUUCCCUCUGCUCUGCCCGGGCAGCGCCAUCCCCUACCUCUGCCUCCCCGGGCCGGGCAAACACUUCAGCCUGGUGGAUGGGGAUGUAUAGCCCUGGCCUCCGACCUUCCCUUGCCGGAGGCUGCCCCGAUUUUAUUUAUGACCCCGCUGUGCAGGUGGAGAGUCCUUCUUCGCCGCAGCCACCACCCGGCCCACGGAGGGGCCGCCCGGGCUGCCCCCGCGCGUGUCCGACGCUGCCAAAGCUCGGAAGGGCACUGCCAAGCCGCUCUCCCUCCUGCAGCGCUUUUUCGGAGGUCAGGAAGGAGGAGAUAACACGGAACCACCAAAGAAACGGGGACGUGCUCUGCCUGCCUCCCUUCCAAAUUAUCCCGUUCUGGUAUUGCAGCAGGGCCCGUGCUCUGCCUCAGUCCGUGGGGACCGUGUCCCCGUGUCUGUCCCAAGCGCCGUGGCGGUCGCUUUACCGUGAACCGAGUCACGUUUCAUACAGAUUGGUAAUGGCGAGGGCCGCUCUGUCCUUCUCUAUCUCUCAAACUCUUCUCCUCUAAUAUCCCUCCGAGUAGCUUCUCCCCAUCUUUUACAUUAUCAAAAUGUAGACACCUUUCCUCAGAUUUGGUUCUUAAACUGUGACUUUCCUGCUUUUUUUCCCCUUCGGAAGAAACACCCCAAGAUCUCUCUCACAUGUUUUGAGCUAACUGGUUCUCAGACUGGGAGUCGUGUGAUGUUUUUACAGAGCAAAACAAGCUGUCUCUUGUGCUAAUCCCGCCCCGAAAUCUCGUGGGACGGUUUUACCUGCUAUCCUAGGGUAAAGAAGUGGGCUUUUGAAGUUUUUUAUAUCUAUCUACAUAUAAAUUUGCAAACGCUUUUGUCGUCCUUUGGUUUCUAAGUUAACGCGCUUUAUAUCCCAAGGUUGGAAAUAAACCUUUUCAGAAAGUUGAAACUUCUGCCUUUUCAAUAGUCACUACUAGGUAGUAUCAAAUGAAAGAUAUUUCCUAGAGUGCAUAGAUGGUUUUUAUUCUACAAAUAAA